AUGGCAUCCACUCUCAAGGAUAGGGCCGCCAACCAUGUUGCUGCUUCUGCGGAAAAUGGCACUGAACCCGAAGCUCCUCCCGACCUCCUGCACCAGCCGUACGUCCGCGCCGUCCUACCCUUCAUCAACGGCGGACUGUCCGGUAUGACCGCCACAGCCGUGAUUCAACCCGUCGAUAUGGUCAAAGUGCGCCUGCAGCUCGCUGGCGAAGGAGCCCGCACUGGUCCUCGCCCAUCCGCCCUCGGCAUCACUCGCGAAAUCAUUGCCUCCGGGAGAGUCCUCGAUCUCUAUACUGGUUUGUCCGCCGGUAUCCUCCGCCAAGCCGUCUACACUACUGCACGCCUGGGAUUAUUCGAAACAUUUAUCAAGAAGCUCAAUGCCCGCGCCAAAGCCGCAGACCGGAACGUAACCUUCGCCGAGCGUGCUGCGGCAGGACUGACGGCCGGUGGAGUUGCCGCCAUGAUUGGAAACCCGGCCGACUUGUCCCUCGUGCGCAUGCAGUCCGACGGCCUCAAGGCCCCCGAGGCUCGUGCUAACUACCGUUCUGUCUUUGAUGCCCUCGCUCGUAUCACCCGCACCGAAGGAAUCGGUGCGUUGUGGGCUGGUGCUUCUCCUACGGUUGUCCGUGCUAUGGCCCUCAACAUGGGACAAUUGACUUUCUUCGCCGAGGCUAAGCAGCAGCUUAAGCAGCAUACUUCCCUCUCUGCUCAGAAUCAAACUUUUGCUGCUUCUGGAAUUGCUGGCUUCUUUGCUAGUUUCUUGUCUCUGCCUUUCGAUUUCAUCAAGACCCGUCUUCAGAAGCAACAGAAGGACCCCAAGACUGGCUUGGUUCCUUACAAGGGCUUGGUGGAUUGUGCGCGCAAGGUUGCCAAGGAAGAGGGUUGGUUGCGUUUCUACCGUGGCUUCGGAACAUACUAUAUCCGGAUUGCUCCUCAUGCGUCAGUCCCCCACUAUUUUACCCCAACUUUUCUCCCCACUGACUCGAUCUACAGAAUGGUUACCCUCAUCGUGGCUGAUUAUCUCAACCUCCUCACCAAGUAA